CCAUGUUGGAUGUGAAUCUUCGUAUACCAACUAGGUUUUUCUGGUUACAGUUACAUAUGUAGUUAUAAUAGAGUAUCUAUAAAAUCACCGAGUGCUAAUCGAUAUCGUUACGUUUUAAUCUCGUUUAAAAAAUUAGCCGAAGCAUCCCGAGGUUGUUCUUUCUCCGCCCGCGCAACGUUAGUCAAGCCUUUCAAACUCGCCUCGCAACUCUUAAAUCAUUCAUCGCUCCAUUCGGUGAAUCGAUAAUAAUUAACAAUUAACGCGCGUUUAUAUACAGUUUAUUUACUAAAAACUUAGUGCGGCGAUCACAAAUAAAUGCGGUUCCAUCGGCUCGAUGAAACGCCGUAGCUGCUUGAAGUCUCUCAAAUCGAGGAGGCACACCGUCGGGCUUAGGUGUCCAACCGGGUCGAACUGCAGGCACGCGUGGAGAUGUGCGGUCGAUCAAAUAUUUUUCUUCACGUCACAGAAGGACGUGGGUUCUAUAUUCUCAUGGGGUGCGAAGUCUAAGUCGAAUAAAACGAAACCGGAAGAUGAGGACGAGGAGGAGGAAUUGUCAGUAGAGGAUCAAAUUGGAACCUUUACCAAGGAUCAAUUUCGUAAAGAGUCUUUACAAACGUUCGACAGACUCCGAAGGAAGAGCCAAAUUAGGAAUCCCAGCCAGGAUCUCAUCGACGCCAACAAUGCAAGCUUGGACAAGUUUGAGACCCUCGAAGGUGGGAAAUGUAUCGAUCACCGUUGCCCAGAGAAGUCUUUACCACCGCUGGACGAACAGAUUAACAGAAACGAUAAUGGGAGUCGAAUCGAACCUGCGGGCAAACUUAAAAUGAAAUACUCGGGACAAAACCGCGGACAAGCAGCGUUACAGAGCCGACGGAUAGUGAUCAGUACGGAGGAUCUAGCUGGGAGAGACGUAGCCCGAGUGGUGUGGCAGAGGAUGAAUGCGUUGGAGAAGAAGACCGCGAAGCACGGCACGGUGGUACGCUCGACUGCGUUAAUAGUGAAAAGCUCCAGGGGCAGUAGCUCACCGUCUGCCGCAGAAUCGGGAAGAACAUACGUUCUGUUAACUCCCGGGGAGUAUUCGACGAUCACCACCGUGAUCGACGGGUCGCCGGGGAUCAAACCAAAGGACACGAUGGGAAAACAGCCGAAUGGGAAAGUUGCUUGGAAAAGCAACCAGUUUGUGGCUGAUACUAAUUCGCUUGGAAUCGCGAAAAGCUGCAGAGUCAGCCGAGUCGAACCGAACAGACGAUCCUGGGAAUGGACAGGUAGUCAAACGGACUGUUGUGUCGCCCGGGACUCGUUCGAUCAUGCCCGUUCCUCUUCGGACAGCAACCUCCGUCCACCCAGCAUGAUAACAACGAAGGUAACAGAGAAAAUCGAGUCGAAACAAGCAAGACAAGAAGGAAAACAAUGGCACAAAGCGUUCCACCUAUUUCUACCCGCUUUCAUUCUGGUGCUCGCAGUUCUCUUCUCCCUAUUUCAACCAGAGUUGACGAUUCUUAACCAACUGCGCAUUAAACGAGAUAUGGUCAACGAAUUAAUCGAGGAGACUAUAAAUAACAUUAGGAAUCAAUAUUGUAUUCCUAUGCUCGAGGCUUUCCGAAAUCGACUAGCCCUUUAAACAACUAAUGUACAAUAUUAUUAGAUGUUUAAUUAAAUGUUAGCUCGAAUGCAUGUACAUUUAACACUAAACCUGCCAACAGUUAUUGCACACUAAUACACUAUAUACUUUUUACAUUUAAAUCCAGUUUAAUGCAUUAAUAUUUU